AGAGGCACCGCGCGGCGUUCAGCCACACACUCUCAGCAGCUUCUUGUUCAGUAAAAAGUUCGCCCCAAGAAGUCAAGAUGAAGACGUCGUUGCUGUGCCUCCUUCUGCUGGUAGCCGCGGCUGCCAGCGAUGGUGUCAUCGAGGUUAACGGCACCCAGCCAGAAGUCAGGAGUGACAAGGAUAAUAGUUCCGUGACGGUGCUGCCUGAUAAGCCCCAAGUGGGGCGAGAUGACGGGGUGGAGGAAGCCAGGGAUGUUCGCGCCUCUUCGUGCCGGGUGGUUUACGGCUACUACUACCUGUGGGGAACGCUCUGGUCUUACGUCCCUUAUGGCUACGUCUGCUUUAACACCUCGUACUACGGGAUCUACUGCUGCAUUCCAGGCGGCAAAUAUCCCUAGGCACCCACUGGACACUCACUGAGCACCCUCUGGAAGCCCACUGAGCACCCUCUGGAAGCCCACUGGACACUCACUGAGCACGCUUUGGACACCCAGUGGGCGGCCAUAAGAUGCCCACUUCAAUCCCUUCGAUUUCGUCAGGGGUCAUGAAAUUCAACAACAGAAUUGGUUGAUUAUGUGAAAUUGAUUUAUUUGAGACUCAAUAAAGAUACAACGCAUUUAA